GACGUCCGACGAGUUUCCUUAAGCUGCUCUGUCAUGGACUCUUCAACAGAAAAUGCAGAAUGAAGAGGAACAAUUUAUCUGUUGUAAAUAAAGUUGUCCAGUCUUCACCAGCAGUGAAACAGCCAAAACUUGGGCUCUACUCUUCUCUCAACCAGACUCAUGUGUACACUGUUCUGCUAGACUGGGGCAGUUUGCCUCACCAUGUGGUGUUACGUGUUUUUCAGUAUCUUCCUUUAAUAGACCGGGCCCGUGCAUCUUCUGUAUGUAGGAGAUGGAAUGAGGUUUUUCAUAUUCCUGACCUUUGGAGAAAGUUUGAGUUUGAACUGAACCAGUCAGCUACUUCAUACUUAAACUCCACGCAUCCUGAUCUCAUUCAGCAGAUCAUUAAAAAGCAUGCUGCCCAUCUCCAGUAUGUCAGCUUUAAGGUUGAUAGUAGUACUGAGUCAGCAGAAGCUGCCUGUGACAUACUUUCUCAGCUGGUGAAUUGUUCUGUCCAGACCUUGGGCUUGAUUUCAACAGCCAAGCCAAGUUUUAUGAAUGUGUCAAAGUCUCAUUUUGUGUCAGCGCUUACAGUUGUUUUUGUCAACUCAAAAUCAUUGUCGUCAGUCAAAAUUGAAGACACACCAGUGGAUAAUCCUUCUUUGAAGAUUCUCGUGGCCAAUAAUAGUGAUACUCUAAGACACCUCAAAAUGAGUAGCUGUCCUCAUGUUUCAUCUGAUGGAAUCCUUUGUGUAGCUGAUCACUGUCAAGGCCUUAGAGAACUGGCGUUGAAUUAUUACAUGCUAAGUGAUGAACUCCUCCUGGCACUUUCAAGUGAGACCCACGUUAACCUGGAGCAUCUUCGAAUAGAUGUUGUGAGUCAAAAUCCUGGACAAAUUGAAUUUCAUUCUAUUAAAAAGCAAAGCUGGGAUGCACUUACUAAACACUCCCCUGGAGUUAAUGUUGUUAUGUAUUUCUUUUUAUAUGAAGAGGAAUUGGAGACAUUCUUCAGAGAAGAAACCCCUGUCACUCACCUUUAUUUUGGUCGUUCAGUAAGCAAAGCAGUUCUGGGACAGAUAGGUCUUAACUGUCCACGACUGAUCGAGUUAGUGGUGUGUGCUAAUGGUUUUCAGGCUCUUGAUGAUGAACUUAUUUGUAUUGCUGAACACUGUAAAAACUUAACAGCCUUGGGCCUCAGUGAAUGUGAAGUUAGCUGCAGUGCAUUCAUUGAGUUUGUAAGACUUUGUGGGAGAAGGCUCACCCAGCUGUCUGUAAUGGAGGAAGUUUUGAUCCCUGAUGGUGAUCAUAGCCUAGACGAAAUCCACACUGAAGUCUCCAAAUGCCUGGGGAGAAUGUGGUUCCCUGAUGUCAUGCCUCUGUGGUAACUGACUAUCAAAGAUUUUAAACUUUUUUUCAUCAGCAAGAUUAGCUUCUCUCUGUCUAUGCAAAUGUAAAUUUUAAGAUGCGUUGCUGAAAUGUUUGAGGUAAGAUAUUUUAUCGUUUGCAGACUCUCUGGAUUACAGCAGAAACAGUUGAAAAAGUGUGAGAACUUUGAAAAACCAGAACUUGUAAAUAGGGCAGAGACACUGCUUUGUUGAUUAGAUAGUUGAUAUGGUGAAAACUUCAGUUGAUUUCUAGAGAAGUUCCUCAGCCUUCCUUGAAGUCAUAUUUUGGCUUGCUAAAUAAAUGUGUAAUAUUGAGCUUUA